AUGAGACAGCUUAAUGAUUCUGACUUUGUUGAAAUGCUUAAUAGAAUAAGAUUAGGUGUAACUACACAAAAAGACCGCGACUUACUCUGGACUAGAUUAAUAACUCUUAAUUCUGAUUCGAAUGAAAGCAGAUUACUUGAAAUUACUGAGUACCUCUCCAAACUUCCUGAUGAUACCGUUUGCAUAUUACCUAUAAAAAACAUGUGCCAACAAUUAAACAGUGCAAUGCUUAAAUCUCUCCCAAAUACCGAAAUAAAACUUAAAGCUGUAGAUACCAUAAAUUGCCCCAGAUACCUAUCAAAAAGAGCCCGUGAAUGCAUAAAAAAGUAUGAAGACGAUGCUUCCAUGACAGUAGGUCUGGAAGAGAAUAUAAUUAUAAAAAUAGGAGCAAAAGUCAUGCUAAGACGAAAUAUUGAUAUUAAAUUAAUUCCUUCGUAUGUUUUAGAUGGCGUCGGCGAGGUGCCGGGCGCUUGGCAGCCGGGAGCCUCCGGAGCUAUCCAGGACGCCUCGCCUCGGUUUAUGGACAAUAUAUUCGUUCUAAGUGUAGUG